GACGGACGGACGCCCGCUGCCCGGGGGACGGGACGGCCCAGCCCCCCGACCGCCAGCAGAAGUUAUGGCUCCGAGUGAAUUUGCUGUCCUCCGCUGGCUUAGGGAAAGCCGCCAGUCCCGAAAACUAAUCCUGCUGAUAGUCUUCAUCGCCUUGCUGCUAGACAACAUGCUACUCACUGUAGUGGUGCCUAUCAUUCCGAGUUAUUUGUACACCAUUGAGCAUGAGAAAAAUGCCACCGAAAUCCAGACAAUCAAGCCUGAGGUUGAUUCGCCCUCAACCCCCCGCUUUCAGAGUAUCUUCUCCUAUUAUGAUAACUCCACAAUGACGAUUGAAAAUGCUACCAGGGGACUGCCUCGAGGAGAUUUAUACCGAGCCACAACCCAGCAAAUGGUAGUUAAUGCAACCAGCACCCCUUCUGAUUGCCCCAAGGAAGACAAAGAUCUGCUCAAUGAAAAUGUGCAAGUUGGUUUGUUGUUUGCUUCAAAAGCAACAGUCCAGCUCCUCACUAACCCUUUCAUAGGGGCACUGACCAACAGAAUUGGUUAUCAGAUUCCAAUGUUUGCAGGAUUCUGUAUCAUGUUUGUCUCAACAAUUAUGUUUGCUUUUUCUGGAAGCUAUACUCUACUCUUCAUAGCAAGGUCCCUUCAAGGAAUUGGCUCUUCUUGUUCUUCGGUGGCUGGAAUGGGGAUGCUGGCAAGCAUUUACACGGAUGACGAAGAACGAGGCAAUGCGAUGGGGAUCGCCCUGGGGGGCCUUGCCCUGGGCGUUUUAGUGGGGCCACCAUUUGGGAGUGUGAUGUAUGAAUUUGUGGGGAAGACUGCCCCGUUUCUGGUGUUGGCUGCUCUCGCUCUGUUGGAUGGAGCUGUCCAACUGUUUAUUCUCCAGCCAUCCAGAGUACAGCCAGAGAGUCAAAAAGGAACCUCAUUAGUCACCCUGUUAAAGGACCCUUACAUCCUGAUUGCUGCAGGCUCAAUCUGCUUUUCGAACAUGGCUAUCGCGAUCCUGGAACCUGCACUGCCGAUCUGGAUGAUGGAGACUAUGUGUCCCAGAAAGUGGCAACUAGGCGUUGCUUUCCUACCAGCUAGUAUCUCUUAUCUUAUCGGAACCAAUACUUUUGGGGUACUGGCACACAAAAUGGGAAGGUGGCUCUGUGCUCUUAUAGGGAUGAUGGUUGUUGGAAUCAGCAUCUUAUGUGUACCAUUUGCCAAAAACAUCUAUGGAUUGAUUGCCCCAAACUUUGGAGUUGGUUUUGCAAUUGGAAUGGUGGAUUCUUCAAUGAUGCCUAUCAUGGGCUACCUCGUAGAUCUCCGUCAUGUUUCAGUUUAUGGGAGUGUAUAUGCAAUUGCAGAUGUUGCCUUCUGCAUGGGAUUUGCUAUAGGUCCUUCUGCAGGAGGAGCUAUUGCAAAGGCAAUUGGAUUUUCUUGGCUGAUGACCAUUAUAGGGGUAAUUGACAUUCUCUUUGCCCCGCUGUGCUUUUUCCUACGGAGCCCACCUGCCAAGGAAGAAAAAAUGGCAAUACUCAUGGAUCACAAUUGCUCCAUUAAAACAAAAAUGUACACCCAGAACAGUAUCCAGUCAUACCCAGCAGCAGAGGAAGACUCUGAAAGUGACGAAUAAUUUUAGAAGCCAUAUAAGUAUUUUGUUGUAUACACUGCAGUAUUUCCUGUGAAAUGGCUCAUCAAGACCUGUCUUAGUUGUACUGUACUUUAAUGGUGAAAUAGUAAAGAAACCAAAGGUUCAUUAUUUCUUUCCCAUGGUUAUGGAAGACGGCCAACAGCCUUAUUAAGAAAAAGCUUUUCUAGGGGUUUGUAUAGUGUUGAAAACUUUAUUUUAUGUAUUUAAUUUUAUUAAAUAUUAUACAGUAUAUUUUUUAUUAAGUGUGGUGUAAAUCUGUAUAAAUAGCUGAAUUGAAAUCAAGUAUAAUUUUUUAGGCUCACAUUCAUAAGCACUUUGCAAAAUAUUCUCUAUUUUUUCUCUCCAUCACGAUGGUAACCUGUAUGAUAAUAAAGCAGGCAUUAUCUAAUCUGUUUCAAAACUGCAAAGGAAAUCCAAUCCAACAGCCAUAAAACCACUGGCUAAGUGCUGAUUUUUUCUUGAAUUUGCAGUGAACAUCAGCACAUUUACAAGAAGGUUGACUACUGUUCACCUGGGAUAAAUAAAUAAAAAAUAAACAGGCCGACAAACAGAUCUUUAAAAAAUAGUUAAUCUUGGAAAGAUGCAGUUAGCCUUUUGGUUAAUUAAUGAAAUACUGUCAGCGUAACUAACCUCUAUUUCAGAAACAUUAGAACUGAUUUAAAAUUACACUAGUAGGUGGCACUUGAUCAAUAACUAAAGCAAAUAUAAAUGGUCAAAAUUAAGCCAGCAAACAAAGGUAACCUGACUUUUAGCAGUAUGUCCAAAUCUCCCAGGGCCCAGGUUCAGUUUGCAGGGAGCGUUAAUGCCUUCUGAAUAAUAAUAAUGAUAAUAAUGGUAUUUGUUAAGCAUUUAUUAUAUGUCAAGGACUCUUCUAAGC